UGCAGGUCAGGCCAAAGUGUCAAAGUCUUAUCUGCACAUGUGCACUGCUGAUUGUGUACUUGCAGGACAAUAUCUGUUUCUUCUGUAACUACAUCCAUGGAGUGAUGUCACACUUCCACAUAAGCUUACUGUUACUGGCUGGUUACCUGGUCACAGCCACCCAUGCAGGUGCUGGAGAUAAUCAAACAGCAUCCACUCCAGAACAGGAAGUUCCUUGGGUGGCAUGUGCUACACUGGAGUGUGACAAGCCGUGUCCCAUACUUCCACCCAGCUGUCCCUCUGGCAUCAUCAAGAAGUGUGGCUGCUGUGACGUUUGCUGGAAAUACCUGAAUGAAGGACAACUGUGUCGCAAGUUCCUUCAAGGAAACACACUGUGUGGUCCUGGUCUUGUCUGCAGCAGUAGUGGCUUAUGUGAACAUCUGCCUAAAGCUUCCAGCAGUGAGGAGCAGAGCUCUGAGUGAAUGACUACACUGAAAUUUAGAAGGUGACAUAAGAUGUAAAUAUGUAUCUCAGACAAUAAACAGAAUGUAUAAUGCUUCAAAGCCAGUACUUUAGCAAAUAUAAAGUCCUGAAAUCAAGUGCUAAUAAA